CCCCAAAUUAAAAAACAAAAACCUCUCUGUUCUCCCCAAAAAUGGCACACACUGUCCUUCUCAUCCUCCUCUCCGCCACCAUCGGCUUCUCCUCCGCCGCGUUGGUUGAAGAGCAGCCUCUGGUGCUUAAGUACCACAACGGCAUUCUCUUGAAAGGAAACGUCACUCUCAACCUCGUCUGGUACGGGAAGUUCACCUCAAUCCAACGGUCAAUCAUCGUCGACUUCAUCCGCUCUCUCAGCUCCUCCGCCGUCCCAUCAAAAGGCCCAUCCGUGGCCUCGUGGUGGAAGACGACGGAGAAGUACAAAGGCGGCUCGUCGAAGAUCGUCGUCGGUAAACAGCUCCUCCUCGAGAACUACCCUCUCGGAAAAUCGUUAAAGAGUCCUUACCUCAGAGCUCUCUCGGGGAAGCUCAACGGAGGUGGUGUUCGGUCGAUAACCGUCGUUUUAACGGCGAAGGACGUCGCCGUUGAAGGAUUCUGCAUGAACCGGUGCGGGACUCACGGCGCGAAAGCACGUUCCGUUAACAGCGGAGCUUACGUCUGGGUGGGAAACUCUGAAACGCAGUGUGCUGGCUACUGCGCGUGGCCGUUUCAUCAGCCGAUGUACGGACCUCAGUCUCCGCCGUUAAUCGCGCCUAACGGCGACGUCGGAGUCGACGGAAUGAUCAUAAACCUCGCGACGCUACUGGUUAACACCGUCACGAAUCCGUUUAAAAGCGGUUACUUUAACGGCGGGAAUCAAGAAGCUGUCUCGGUAUGUACCGGGAUGUUCGGGUCCGGUUCCUACCCGGGUUACGCGGGUCGGGUCCUCGUAGACAAGACAACCGGAGCGAGUUACAACGCCUUGGGACUCGCCGGGAGGAAAUAUCUUUUGCCAGCGAUGUGGGACCCGCAGACUUCGAAGUGUAAGACUUUGGUUUGAGUUUAGACCGUCUAGAAGGAGACACGUGGCAAGAGAUCAAUGGAGAUGGAGAGUUGAAGCUUAUCGGAGCCAAAGAAAGUUGUUGUAGAUAUCUAUCUUGUCUGAUUGUACGGAGGAGUUUAGGGGGGAAGUGGAUGUGUUUCUUUUGUCGUUUUGUGUGUCGUGUACAUUCGAUCCUGGAGAUAUGUGAAGGAUGGGUCAUAUAUCUAAUUUAAUGCCAAUAAAUAAAAUCGAUUUGUAGUUUUCUCUGG